AUGGAGUCGGGAGAUGUGGACAAUUACUUUAUGCUCGAUAUGGAGGGUGCGCAAGAGGAGGGGGAAGAGGAGCUUGAACAGCCUCAGGAAGGCCAAGAUGGCGAAGCAGAGGCAGACCUCGGGUGGGCGGUCGACACCGCUGCUGACACCCGGGAUGUGGCGGCAGAUGUCGGUGACACCGAUUUCGAGGAGUAUGCCGCAGACUUAGAAGCGCAAGCGCAGCUGCAGAUGGAAGCGGAGGUGGACGCCCAAGCAGAGCUUGCCUUGGCCGAAGAGGAUGCCCGCGCACAGGAGCUGGCCCAGGAGGCAGCAGCGGUGGCGGCGGCCUUCGGAGUGGAAGACGAGCUCCCAAACUUCGCAAUGGAGUUCGCUCCAGAGAAUGGGACGCCCGUCCACAUGCAGCAUGAGGCGUUGGACUUUGAGGCAGCUGGGGAAGCUGAGCCCGGGGAAGAGGAAGCUCCCGAGCAGGCUGACACAGAGGAGGUCGCUGAAGGCGAUGCAGAGAUGCAAGAGGACGAGGCAGACAGGGCGGAUGAAGCCGGCGACAGUGCUGCGGUAAGCUUGCAGCCAUCACGGAAGCGGUCUCGCGAUGCAGCCUUCGCGGAAGCGCAGGAGCUCCUCGCGACGAUCACACCAGCGGCUUUGUUGGGGAAGCUUCGGCGCCUGGACCCAAUGACGGGCAUCGACGAGUAUUACCUGGUCGAGGUUGAAGGUCAGAAAGAGUUGGAGGGCCAGGCCCUCGCCGAGGACUUCCAACUCACCCGGGACUUCUACUCCGCACAGGCGCUGGAGAACUCCCUCGUGUCGAUGCGUGCCGCAGUGCAGCGAGUGCAGUCACGAGUGAAGAUCCCGGAGAACAGCAGCAUGAUAGAAGUCCUUCCAGGCCGCAUCUUUCUUGGCGAUGCUGCCGCAGCUCGUAAUAUCCCGGCCAUUCUGCAGAACAAGAUUCAGAAGGUCAUUAACUGCUCUCCACAAACAGUGCGAGACACAGGCCAGGGAUUCUACGGUCCCGGAGUUGAGUACCUCGAGUUGUGGCAUGAUGACUUUGAGGACUAUUGCAUCCUCUGCGACUUUGAUGUGGCUUGGUCCUUCGCCUACUCCGACGACUCGAGUGGGCCCGUGCUGGUUCAUUGCGAAGCCGGCGUGAACCGCAGCUGCGCCCUCGCAAUAGCGAUGCGCAUGAGGAUCCUGCUGGAGACGAGCCAAUCUUCAGACCCAGAGAUGCUGUUCAAGUCCUCGUGGUGCCACGUAGCAGCCAGAAAGCAAAGAGUCCUCACUACGACCGGAUUCCAGCGGCAGCUGCUGCUAUUUGCCCGCAUGGGCUGCUGUUGGUUCCCAACUCUGGAUAUGGUUUGGAGAACUGUUCAAGAACGCCACAUGGCACAGUUCCGCGCACUUGCUGAAGACACAGCCAAACAAAUUGUGUGCGCAAACUCGGAUUUUCCGCCAGGGACCUGGUGGCGGGCCAUCGUUUUCAUCAGAGAUGCAACAAUGCGAGGUGAGAAGAAAAUCGAAGGAGGCUACGACCUCAGCACCGACUCCAAGCGCAACACUGCGGAGAACCGCGUGCGUGGCUAUGCCACAUCAGCAAUGCCCAAGCUUGUCGCAGCAGCGAAAGCUGGCCCGACUCCUGCGGCAAGCGCCAUGAGCGAAAAGCAGCGCUUGGAGCCUGGCGGGCUUUGCUUGGGGUAG